UAAACGUCUUACCUCCUAGCGCCGUCAAAGAGCAUAGUAGUUUCGAUCAGCUGACUAUAUCGAAGGCAUAGCCAAAUGAUAAUUCCCAGUGGCAGAGCUUUCUUCAGAGUUCUUCGACCUUGGCAAAUUACGAAUUCGUGUGAUUUUUUCAAUUUUACUGAGCAAUUUCAGGGAUAUCACUGCCAUCCUGGCUUAAACGAUAUCAACAAACGUAGUUUUUCAAAGGGGCUUUAUUGUCCAAUGGAUUGGAGUAAAAAGAGGAAAACACUUAAUGCUAUUUGGAGGCCGGUCAGCAGUCAGUCCUCAUUUAGCAAGAAUCAGGAGUGCUAUAUGGAAAAUAUCUUGAAUGAGCCUGAAAAUAUUGGUAGCAUUGAACAAAGUGGACAUGAGAAGCAUGUUGUAUCUUUAGUGAGUUCAGCUGAUGAUUUAGCAAUCUCUUCAUCUGUGCAAGCUGAAAAUGAAGUUCAUGAAGCUGAAGCCAAGGCUGAUCUCGGAAUUGCAGAUGCAGCACAAGUAUCAACAGCAUACAAGGAGAAACUUUCUGUUUCUGUUGAGGUAGGUGCUUCUGUCAUGCGGUUCAUCAGAGGAAAAGAUGGUUCUAUGCAAAAAACAAUUGAGGAGGAAAUGGACGUCCGAAUAAAAUUUCCAACAUCAAAAAAGGAGGAUUCCAUAGUUAUUGGAGGUGACUGCAUGGAUGCAAUUACCAAAGCUUCUGAAAAAAUUCAAGCUGUUAUUGACGAGGCUGUUAAGAGUCCAACUUUGAAUUAUUCUCACUUCAUCUCACUUCCGUUAGCAACACACACUGAACUGGUUGAAAAGCUCACCAGAUUUCAGUCCACCAUACUGGGAGAUUCUGAUUCCAAAGGUGCAGAUCAGACUAUGGAUGUUGAUUUAACCGAAGAGAAUUCAAAAGAUGAAGAAAUGAAUGAUAAAGCCAAAAAAGCACCAGAAGAAGCUAUCAAACUUAAGGUUGCUGAUUCAAGUAAUAUUAAGGUGGAUAUGACGGACGUACCUCUUGUAAGCUAUGCACCUAAAAUAUCGAAGUCAUCUGAUUUGGGAAUUGAUAGAUCUAUAUUCAAUAAAGUAAAGACCUUUCACUUGACUGUACUUAUGCUGAAGUUAUGGAAUAAAGAACGCAUCCAUGCAGCAAUGCAGGUUUUGCAGAAUGUCUCCUCUGAAUUAGCAGAGGUCUUGGGCAAUCGACCUUUGUUUGUUAGACUAAAGGGUUUGAACUGCAUGAAAGGAUCACCUGCCAAAGCUCAAGUUCUUUAUAUUCCUGUUGAAGAAAUAGGCGAUGAAGGGCGACUUUUACGUGCAUGUCAAAUCAUUAUUGAUGCUUAUGUCAAAGCUGGGCUAGUUCUAGAGAAAGAUAAGCAGCAAAAAUUGAAGUUGCAUGCUACUGUGAUGAAUACAAUCAGUAGAAAAGGAGGGAAGAGGUUUAAUAGAAACAAAAGGGACACGUUUGAUGCCAGAGGCAUUUUUGAGCAAUUUGGGUCUGAACUAUGGGGUGACUAUCACAUCCGAGAAGCUCAUCUUUCACAAAGAUUUGUGUUCGAUAAUAACGGUUACUACCAUUGCUGUGCUUCCAUACCCUUUCCCAAGAUUGGUGAAGUUGUUGAAUCCAGCGCCACUCAGGAGCCUAUGGAAGUGUCUAUCGGAGAGACUGUGUAACAUUCUAUGUGGUUCAAUCUGUGUCAGCCACACAUUCAGCCGCUAGCCUAUUUUGCGCCUAAGAAUACAGAAUAACCGCAUCCAAAUUUGAGCUUUACAUUUGAUUUUCAUGGUAGCAAUGUUUUCUCGUUGUAUCAGUGCUCAACUGCUCAUCCUGAAUCAUGAUUCAAAGAAUAGUUAGUGUUCUUGCUAUGAGAGUCUUGUAUGGACUUAAUCCACACUAUUUAAGUGUGCACCAACCUAAUAAUAGUUCCACACGAGAUGAUUACAGUGCGCCCUCGACUACAGAGAAGAACACCGACUCUAGGAUACACUAAGUAAAGUUUUUAUGUUUCUAACUAUUAGAAAUAAUAAUGCGGAACCUUUGUAUAUGGCAAUGGACUCCUUGCUUUGAUUGAACCGUGAAAUGAACAACACCGUAAAGAAGAUUGGUUUGCGA